GGACUAUGACUCGGACUCCGACAAUGACUAAGACUAUGAUUAAGACUAAGACCAGGACUUAGACUAUGACUAAGACUAUGACUCGGAAAAUGACUAAGACUAUGAGUAUGAGUCGGACUAGGACUAAGACUGUGACUAGGACUAGGACCAUGACUAGGACCAGGACUAGGACUAGGAGUCGGGCUAGGACCAGGACUCGGACUAUGACUAUGACUAUUACUAUAGCUAUUGCUAUGACUAUGACUAUGACUAUGGCCAUGACUGUGGGUAUGACUGUGACCUUGGCUAUGACUGGGGCUAUGACUGUGAGUGUGGGACUUGGGCCAGGACUUGGGCUAGGAUUAGCUACAGGUGCAGCUAGCCGUGGUGCCAGUGGAGGCGGCCUAGCAGGUGGUGGCGUUUUGGCAGGCCGGAAUAACGGUGGAGGAGGACACGCCAGAGUUUGCGGUCUGGCGGGGCAAAAAACCGGUGGUGGAGGUCUAGUUGGAGGUUGCGGCUUGGCUGGACGAGCACAGCUACCAGACCGGACCAAGUGGAGUCGAGCGGGGCUUGGAGACCUCCAGGUCCCCAGAUCAUCUCUACACCCGGCGUAUAGCGGAAUGUCCCAGCCUCCAUCGCUUGGGCUAUCCUCCCCGUAAUCUCAUCAAACUCAUCGAUCUCCGCUGCGAGAGAACGUCUCUUUGCUUGCAGUCAACUGUGACGUUUUGCUGGCAUUGUGGUGAUGCAGGUGCGUUCUCUCAAUUAUGCAGGCGGACUGGACACAGCAUGAAGCUAAGCAGCUAUGGGCCGCCUGGACGAGAUCAUCGUAAAGUUGUCAGAACUCUUUGAGGCGUACGCCAACGAUGAGGCCGCCAAGAAAAAAAGUUUGGACAAGGAUGAGUUACAAGCCAUGCUGAAGAAUGAGGUGGACAUCGAAAAGUUUGACGGGAUCAUCACUAUGGAGACGAUCGAGGAGAUCUUUGACAAGAUGGACAAGAACGGCGACGAUGAGCUCCAACUCAAUGAGUUCUGCAGAACUAUGUGCAAGCUUGCAGUCAUCUACUACCGCAAGAAGAACAAGGGGGCGAAGAAAUAACAGGAUGUUGGUGAUCCUUGCAGAUAAUAAGCACAGUGAAUAAAAACAACAAUUGAUUCUGUC